UUGAACAGAGCGCGCUCCUCGCACACGGUCGCGAGACUCCUCACGGUCCCUCUCUGGCCACGCGCUGAGCUGAGCGCGGGCGGCCGGUGGUCGGUGUGUUUUGUGUCUAUGGGUGUCGACGUGAUGUCUCCUCCUCUGAGGAACCUCAAGUGCUUUUCACCGGUGAUGUGCCAGUGCAAACUUAUAUGUAGCAACCGCACGCUCUCGCUCAUGUUCGGCUGUAAGAAAUAUCGGUAUCAGGAUGAAGAGACUCCGCCCUUGGAGCACAGCCCCGCCCACCUGGCUCACAGCAAGAGUGCUGAGAUGCUUCACAUGAGCGAUAAGAACCUGGCUGCCAUGGACUCCAUGCACAGUUACGCCCCCCACACACACAUCUCACCAAUAAAG